GCGCGCUAGAGUGACGCAACUGCGCGCGCGGGCGGGGCCGGGCUGGGCCGCGGCGGUAGAGGCCCUGAGAGUUCAGUGCGACUCCAGCCCGUGUCCCCGCCGCCAUGAGCACCAAACAGGUCACCUGCAGGUAUUUUAUGCAUGGCGUGUGUCGCGAAGGCAGCCAGUGCCUGUUCUCACAUGACUUGGCGAAUAGCAAGCCAUCCACCAUCUGCAAGUACUACCAGAAGGGCUACUGCGCCUAUGGUUCACGCUGCAGAUAUGACCAUACGAAGACCCCAGCUGCAGCAGGUGGAGCUGUAGGCCCUGCACCCCACCCUGUGCCCUCCUCGAGCUUGCCCAAUCCUCACCCUUCUCCUGACAUCGCCACAUCUGUUACGAGAACACAUUUGCAUGAACCAGGGAAGCGGGAGAAGAAGAUGCUGGUGCUCAGAGACCGCAAUCUCACUGGCCUGGCUGAAGACAAGACUCUCCCGAGCACAGUGAAGAAUCCAGGUGGCUGCAGUGACCCUCAGACCAGCCCAGAGACGAAGCCCCAUUCCUAUCUAGAUGCCAUCAGGAGUGGCCUGGACGACUUGGAGGCCAGCAGCUCCUAUAGCAGUGAGCAGCAGUUGUGUCCCUAUGCUGCUGCUGGGGAGUGCCGGUUUGGAGAUGCCUGUGUCUACCUGCAUGGGGACAUGUGUGAGAUCUGCAGGCUUCAAGUCCUGCACCCCUUUGACCCAGAACAAAGAAAAGCUCAUGAGAAGAUGUGUAUGUCGACAUUUGAACACGAGAUGGAAAAGGCUUUUGCCUUCCAGGCAAGCCAGGACAAAGUGUGCAGCAUCUGUAUGGAGGUGAUCUUGGAGAAGGCAUCUGCUUCUGAGAGGAGGUUUGGCAUUCUCUCCAGCUGCAGCCACACCUACUGUCUGUCCUGCAUCCGCCAGUGGAGAUGUGCAAAGCAGUUUGAAAACCCAAUCAUAAAGUCUUGUCCAGAGUGCCGUGUGAUAUCAGAGUUUGUGAUUCCAAGUGUGUACUGGGUAGAAGAUCAGAAUAAAAAGAAUGAAUUGAUUGAAGCUUUCAAACAGGGAAUGGGGAAAAAGGCAUGUAAAUACUUUGAACAAGGCAAGGGGACCUGCCCCUUUGGAAGCAAGUGCCUUUACCGCCAUGCUUACCCUGAUGGGCGGCUGGCAGAGCCAGAGAAACCUCGGAAGCAGCUGAGUUCUGAAGGCACUGUGAGGUUCUUCAACUCAGUGCGGCUUUGGGAUUUUAUCGAGAACCGAGAAACCCAGCAGGUCCCCAGCACAGAGGAUGUCGACGUGACGGAGCUUGGAGACCUCUUCAUGCACCUUUCUGGAGUAGAGCCAUCAGAGACCUAGACUCGGUGCUGACACCUUCAUUUUGGGCUCCGCAGCCACAGCUUUCCAAGGCAGGUUGCGGAAGCCUGUCACUGACAAGGUGGUAUACCUGGAUGUGAGUGGUAGCGAAUGCCCUUGGUCUCUUCAUGCUCCACUUUCACAGCCCUGGCGACGGGAAGGACAUAAGACAGCCAAGUCCAUGGAAUCACUACGUUUAGAGUUGAGCUCUUAGUUGUUGUACCUCCAGCCCCUUUCUUGGGGGACCAGCUACGUGGUCCAGCUGUUUUAAUUGAUUGCUUUUAAAUGAAACCCAUCUGCUAUCUUU